CAAGUGCCACAGUGCCUGCCACAGAUUUUACACAAAGAAAGAAUAACCAGCAUGUAUACUGAAUAUGAAAUUUGUGGAAUCUAAGCACGUGUGUUUUUGUUAGAACUGUAUGAAUUACUAUUGAAAAACGUAAAUAACUUCCGUUCUGCAUGUCUAGAGAUCUAUAUACAUUUUAAAACCGAAGGUUUUCUACUUCCUAACCGUACGAAAGAGGAUGGAAUUUAAUGUAUUUCGUGAUUAUUGUAAAGCUGAAAACAGCGACGACGAGGAAACCAAUCGUGAUAUACAAUCAAGAUUGUAUUCCAAAAUUUAUUAUUCCUCAAUAGGUAGCAAGGCGGAUGUUAAACCGCAAACCAGUACCACUGAUAAUGAUAAUUUGCAUAAAGAUGUGAUUGUUGAUAAAACUUCUGGACCCUGCAAUACUCCUGUGAAAAGUAAUUUUACUAAGGAUUCCAGGAAAGUGUGUUCAUCAAUUGAUUCUGGCAGUUCUAAGUCAAAUGAAACAGAAUCCAAACCAGAUGUUACAUCGAUUGAUUUGGAGAAUACAAGUGAAACAUUACCUAUGAAAGUAGGUAACAAAAGUAAAUUAAAUACAUCUCUCGUAUCUGAUGAAAAUAUCCAGUUUUCAAAAGAUCAAAUAGUAUGUUGUAAUACUGACAAUAUUGAUAGAAACUCUAAAUCUUAUAACACUGGUAGUACAGAAAAUAUUCAUGUAAAGACAGAAAGUGAAAGCAACAAUGAAGGGAAAUCAUCAGAACAUGAGCAUGUAAAUCAUCAAAAUCCUACAAUAUGUAUUGUUAAUGGAAACCUACAAGAUCCAGAUAAUAUUUUAAACAAAUAUAAGUUUUCUAAGUCAUUUAUCAAUAAUUUAUAUCAGAAGAAAUAUCAUCACAUAGAAAAGAGAUUGCAGGAAAUUGCAGAGAACAAGGAACAAGCAAGAGUAAAAGUGAAUGAAGCAAAUGAUCAACAAGAAGACUCUGAUAAAUGCAAAAUGAAUCAACAGCAGGAAGAAUUGGAUAGGUAUAAGAAAGCUAUAAGCCAGCUGGAAGAACAUACAAAAUAUGACACGUCAAGUAAAACACAGAAAGUACAUACUGUCACUCAAGAAAUAUCACUAGUGUCGGAUUCAGACAGCGAAGAAUCGAUUUUGGAAGUUCCUAUCCCACCAAAACCACAGCCACCUGUUAUACAGUUGCAAGAUUCCGAUGAUCAAGACUCGGAUACAUCUACAGACGUGGACAUGGACAUAGAUUAUUCGUUUAUUAGGACCAAUAAAACUUAUUUGCCAAAAGUCAGAGAAAGAGAUGCUCGGAGUGACGAUACAGAGGAUAGCACUUCGACCAUCAUAGAUGGUAUAAAUGACAUGUCGAGUCUCGGUGACAUAAUGUUAAAUUGUACAGCGGUGCAGAAAGGCGCUUCGAGUAUAAAAGAAAUAAUGGAAAUGAUCCAGAAUGUUCAAUCUGAACAACCAAAGUCUUCUAACGAAGGUAGAGAGCAUAGUAACGAGUGUGAGAUUGAAAAUUCUACAGAAAGUUCGCAUUUACUUCAAACUGGUAAAGAUAACGAAACUGAAUCCCAAUUACCGUCAGAAGCUGUGACCGAUAGUAACAUCGUAUACGAAAGGGAUAAGAGUGAAUCGAUUAAUUAUGCAGAAGAUGAAAUGAUAUCGAACUUCAGCGAUGUUGAAAAUAUAGAAAAAGUGAAUAUGGAAAUAGUCGAUGCAAACAGUAGAAAAAGACAUUUUGAAGACGAGAGUGAACCUUCUACUAGUGCAAUCAAAGAGACUGAGUGUACUGAAACGAAACGUCUUAAAAUGAGUCCUGAAAUAAGGAAUGAUGAAGAUUAUUUCUUUCGACCUAUGUCAGAUGAGCUUAAAGCCUUUUAUAAUGAAUCUAAAGGGCAAGAGAAUUUCGACGUGAAAGAAAUUCAAAGUAAAAUGUCCAAGGAUCCUAGACUUUGGGCUAUUUUAGAUGAAGAUCUAAUGCCUGGUCUGUUCAAAACGACAAAGCUCGGGAAUAAAAGAUGCACCAACUGCAACCAGUUCGGUCAUAUGAAACAUAGUUGUUCGGAACCGCAGAAAAUUGUACUCUGUUACAUAUGCGGAAAGGAUGGGCACAAGGAGACUAGGUGCCCUCAGAAGAUGUGUCUUACGUGCGGCAAGAAACAAAACACAUUUCGCAAGACCUGUGAAACUUGUAGUAAAUUGUAUUGUAACACAUGCAAAGCAGUGGGGCACGUAUCGACUAAAUGUCCCGAUCUCUGGAGAAGAUUUCAUCAGACGACAACAAUAACCGAGGUAAAUGCGCCAAAAAGUUUAUCUCAAGUAAUGAAACCUGCUAAUUCACUCUAUUGUUGUAAUUGCACGAAGCGAGGACACGAAUCAUCUACGUGCAAAGAGUAUCGAUGGUCGCAGCAUUUCCCGACACCGGCAUUUGUCUCGAAUUAUAACGAGCUAAAUGAAACUUCCACUAAGAAAGAAAGUGACCCAGACGUAAUUCCAUUAAAGAAACAGAAAACGUGCUUGAUAUUUACUGAUGAGGAUCUCGAAGGCUGUCGUAUCGUUUACGCAUACGGGACAUUUCGCACGACUAAGUCUAACGGCGAAGAAAGAAUACGAAAACUGUGCAACGCGAAGCUUAUACCUUCCGACGUAGAGAGUUUCAUGCAAGGGAAGGUUUCUCCAACUUUUUUGGAUCAAUUUCGUCAGCUAGUUGAAUUUGAAGUUAGAGUGUACUAUGACUUGAACAAGGAACCGACAAUUAGAAUUCGAUCUCUGGUUGGCCACACUCGUCUCCUACUUGAAGUCUUUCUCUUUUGGCUGCAACUCGACGAUAAAGAUAAAACCUUGAGCUUUCUUAUGCAUAUUCCUCGUAAUUUCAACAUUCUAAUUCCAUUCUUAGACACAAAAUUAAAGGAGUUGACCACGAAUUUAAAGAAUCCGAAUUGUAUCUGGCAUCAAAUAAAGAAGACAGAAAAAUCAUUGAGUGAAGCUGCCGAUAACAUAAUGAUAGUUAGAGCUUUGUCAGCGAAGUUGAUCGGUGCUCGACUCGAGUUGUUGAAAGUGUUUCUUACGAAACCUAAGUUUGCUAAGCCAGUAACUAAAUUAAAACAAAUAAUUAAAAGACAUAGUAAAGGCAAGGGAUGUAGGUCAAACGGUAAAAUGACAACACCAUCUUAUUUAGCUGCUAUUAUUAAUUAUAAUAAAAUAUUUUUACCUCGUGCAUUAAAAGAGGGUGAAGUAAAAUGUUUCCUUACAAAUUACAAUAAAUCGGAAAGAAAAAAACAACAGAACGAUUGUAAGGAACCGAAUACAGAAUCCAAGUGUAAAGAGGCGAAUACGGGAUGUAAGAAAUCGCAGAAGAAAAAGAAAUGUAAUAAAAAUGCUUAUGAACAGUUCAUAGACCAAAUACGACAGUCAAAUAUGGCCAGACAAGCAGCAAACAGAAACAAAAAUAAAGCACCGAAUAGAGUUCAACCGCAAAGGAAAUGUCGUAUUGUAACUGCUCCUGUGGAGAGAACACUUAACAACAUUCAGUCAGAUAACGAAGCUGCUAUACGUAAUAUGGAAAGCAAUAUCAUUGAAAUCACGGACGUUGAUCAUACAGACAGUAUGCAAUCAUCACAUGACCAAAAUAUUGCCAACGAUAACGUGACAAACACUGUUAGUACAAAUGUUACUUCCUCAGAAGAUAACACCACGAAACAAUCGGAAGUUAUCGGAGCGGUUGAGACAGGCAGUCUACAAGAACAGAGUGGCGUAAUUGAUUCCACUCCGACUUCUGCUAAGAAGAAAAAGUCGAAGAAAGGAAAGAAAGGGAAUAGCUUAGGAAUUACAGAGAACCCGAUAGCAACUAUAGAGUUAUCUUUGCAAAGUAAAGCUAAUCAGCUUACAGCUGAAGCUCUGAAGUUCGAGUUACCGUACAUGAAUAAAGCAGUUGAUGAGAUCAGGAAAAGAAUCAAUGAUAAAAGUCUUAAACAAGAGCAUAUUGAUACGUUACAAAGAUUAGUGAAUAUGGAAAAUGAUCAUAGAAAAUAUGUAAGUGCGUUUUGUAAUUAUUUGCAAUAAAUUUUACUUACUACAAUGCCGUUUUAA